GGGUCUUCAGAAACAGGACCGCGCUGUCGGGGGCGUCUGCACCGCUUCCGUUUCCGCUUGGCUUGGCGGGGUCCCGGGGGCCGAAGCGCGUCCGCGUCCACACUGCCUCCCCGAGUCGGAGGACGGAGUCCGCACCCAGUUCACCCCGGGCCUCGCUUUCUCCGGAGCCGUCUUGGGAAGUGAGAUGCUCGCGCCGAGCUCCGGAACCACCGUCUCCCCACGGCGUCCGGAGAUUUGUUUUCAUGGUGAUCUGAAUCCUGUCAAGAUGACCAUCAAGAUUAACCAUCACAGAAGAUCUACUGAACAUAAGAUGUUGCUGCAAAAUCUACCUCCCGUAUUUUCCUCUUUUAUUCAUAAGCUGCACAAUUGCAAAUUUGAGCAGAAUGUCUGGAGACUAUGUUGAAACCCCCUGAAAAAAACAGUUAAUACAGGAUGACCUAGCAAAGAUUGUCGGCCUGUAACAAGAUACUCAUAGUUACUGUCCUGGCUCCUGAAUGUUGCAGAUAGCAGCAAGCAGACUUUUUCAUUUCUGAAGUAUUCAUCUGAUUUUCCAGCAAGACAGGAUUUCUAAUCUGUCCUGGAAGACGUUAAUGGAAUACAGUCAUGUCCACUCCAGAGGAGAGGCAGAUCAGUACUGAGUAUGCUGUGUCCUUGUUGAAGCAGUUGAGACUGUUCUACGAGCAGCAGCUGUUCACUGACAUCGUGUUAAUUGUUGAGGGCACAGAGUUCCCUUGCCAUAAAAUGGUUCUUGCAACGUGUAGCUCUUAUUUCAGGGCUAUGUUUAUGAGUGGACUGAGUGAGAGCAAACAGACACAUGUGCACCUGAGAAACGUGGACGCUGCCACCUUGCAGAUGGUGAUAACUUACGCAUACACGGGUAUCUUGGCAUUGAACGACAGCACUGUAGAGCUGCUUUAUGAAACAGCUUGCUUCCUACAGGUGGAAGAUGUGUUACAACGCUGUCGAGAAUAUUUAAUUAAAAAAAUAAAUGCAGAGAACUGUGUACGGUUGCUGAGUUUUGCUGAUCUCUUCAGUUGUGAAGAGUUGAAACAGAGCGCUAAAAGAAUGGUGGAGCACAAAUUCACAGCUGUGUGCCACCAGGAAGCCUUCAUGCAGCUGUCACAUGACCUGCUGAUAGACAUCCUCAGUAGUGACAACCUCAAUGUAGAAAAGGAGGAGACCGUCCGUGAGGCGGCCAUGCUGUGGCUGGAAUACAACACGGAGUCGAGGUCCCAGUAUCUGUCCUCAGUUCUUAGCCAGAUCAGAAUCGAUGCACUCUCAGAAGUGACUCAGAGAGCUUGGUUUCAGGGCCUCCCACCCAAUGAUAAAUCCGUUGUGGUUCAGGGUCUUUAUAAGUCCAUGCCCAAAUUUUUCAAGCCAAGACUUGGGAUGACUAAAGAGGAGAUGAUGAUUUUCAUUGAAGCAUCCUCAGAGAAUCCCUGUAGUCUUUACUCUUCCGUCUGUUACAGCCCCCAGGCAGAAAAAGUUUACAAGUUAUGCAGCCCACCCGCAGAUCUGCAUAAGGUUGGGACCGUUGUGACCCCUGAUAAUGACAUUUACAUAGCAGGGGGCCAAGUUCCUCUGAAAAACACGAAAACAAAUCACAGUAAAACAAGUAAACUCCAGACGGCCUUCAGAACUGUGAAUUGCUUUUAUUGGUUUGAUGCACAACAAAAUACCUGGUUUCCAAAGACCCCAAUGCUUUUUGUCCGUGUGAAGCCAUCGCUGGUUUGCUGUGAAGGCUACAUCUAUGCAAUUGGAGGGGACAGUGUCGGUGGAGAACUGAACCGGAGGACUGUGGAAAGAUACGACACUGAGAAGGAUGAGUGGACAAUGGUGAGCCCUUUGCCCUGUGCGUGGCAGUGGAGUGCUGCGGUUGUGGUUCACGACUGCAUUUAUGUGAUGACACUAAACCUCAUGUACUGCUACUUCCCAAGGUCUGAUUCAUGGGUAGAAAUGGCCAUGAGGCAGACUAGCAGAUCUUUUGCCUCAGCUGCGGCUUUUGGUGAUAAAAUUUUCUAUAUCGGAGGGUUGCAUAUUGCUACCAAUUCUGGCAUAAGACUUCCCUCUGGCACUGUAGAUGGGUCUUCAGUAACUGUGGAAAUCUAUGAUGUGAAUAAAAAUGAAUGGAAAAUGGCAGCCAACAUCCCUGCUAAAAGGUACUCUGACCCCUGUGUUAGAGCUGUUGUGAUCUCAAAUUCUCUCUGUGUGUUCAUGCGAGAAACCCACUUAAACGAACGAGCUAAAUAUGUCACCUACCAGUAUGACCUGGAACUUGACCGGUGGUCUCUGCGGCAGCACAUAUCUGAACGUGUAUUGUGGGACCUAGGGAGAGAUUUUCGAUGCACUGUGGGCAAACUUUACCCAUCCUGUCUGGAAGAAUCUCCAUGGAAGCCACCCACUUACCUUUUUUCACCAGAUGGGACAGAGGAGUUUGAACUGGAUGGAGAAAUGGUUGCGCUACCACCUGUAUAGGGGAAUUCAGAGAGUACACUCCCAGAUUCAUGAUUGCCUUUGCUAAACCAGAGGCCAUGAAAGGACUAAAUAUGAGUACAUAAAAAUCUAUUGUUAAUAAAUUUUAUUUUUAUGCCCUACUUAAUAUUUGCAUCAGUAUAAUAUAUACCAGUGUGUCAUACAGAAAGAUACGCUUCUGUAACAUGAAUAGGUUAUUCAAUAAUUGAGCAACUUCUAUGUGUAUCAUGAGCGCAUAAGAGUCUGGAUUAUCUGACAUUGUUAGCCCUGUGUAUGUACAGCUCAAAAAUUCACUUAAAAAGUAGCUUCCUGUUCCUAGUGUUAUCAAGAUUGUGCUGAAAUUACUUAGUAAAUGUACUCCAUUCCUGUAUUCUGAAGUCCUGGAAUAGAAUUGUUCCAGUGUGAUUAAUUCAGCUGCACUUAACACUAAUAAUGUUGAUGUUGGUGUAGAAAUGUCUUCUAAGUCCUAUACGUGAGGAAGAUCUUCCAUAACUGUCUGGUAUUACACAGGGAGAGCUAUGACUGCAGGAUCAGUCUAACCUAUUAGGUGCAUGUACUCUUUCCACUGACACUUGUCUGUCUAGAAUACAGGUUGUCCAGUCAGCUGGUUGUUUACCAGGUGUGGACUUAAGUUGCUGGGCUUGCAAUAGGAAUUGCUAGUCCCUCAUUGUGCGGGUCUAUGUGGAGCUUUGAUCAGUAAAUGUCUCCACUUCUCUGUAUUACAUUAACAUUGGCUCAUGCAUAUAACCACCUGCUGCUGAUUAGUUCUCCAUCUUAAAGAUGUAGAGUGGAUUAACCAGGUCAUUACAUCUUAGUUUAAUAACAAGCAUUACUGUAGAGUGACUGUGUAUAGGUAUCUGUUAAGUGUGUGUUUUAAUCUGAUGUGUGUGUGUUGGGGUGGGUUAGGAAGGUAAACUGUUCAGGAAUUGUCUGCACUGCUGUGCAGAAGAGCAGAGAACUCAUACUGCUCUGGCAUUAAUCCCAGGAACCACUAGCAGUAGUGGGGCGCCCCAACUUAACAUGAGCACAGGUGCUUCAUGACAAACAGUACUAGCAUGUUCAACUGCAUAAUGUUCUGGCACUGUAUUUUGAAUGAUAUUAAUUUAUUAAAUAAAUUGUAUAUAUUCAAUA